AUGGCAUCCAGUAAACCUAUUCCAUGUGGACCUUGUAUAGAAGGAAAAGUAAAGACUAAAGCUGACAUCUGGUGUUACAACUAUGAUGAAGGAUUGUGUUCAACAUGUUCUGGUCAUCACAAAAGAUCCAAAGGAAAACGUGAUCAUAAGACUAAUGGUAUCAAAAGUUAUAAACCAUCUGUCCAAAUUAUUGAAACACAAUGUGACAAACAUGGUCAACAGUUCAACUUAGGAGAACAAGAAUAUCAAAGCAUUAAAGAAUUCAUUGUGAAACUUCGCAAUGAAAUAGAUAAACACUUAACCCACCUAGAGAAAAAGAUAUGUGGAGAGGCAGAUACCAUCUUGAAUCAAGAAAAAUCAAAAGCAAGAGAUUUAAUAGCUGAAAUUGGAAGGAAAACAGAAAAACUUAAAGAAAAUAAAAGACCAGUUACAUACAGUCAUACCACACACUUUAAAACUCCAAUCAUUUUAGGCGUACAUCAGAUUGAACAACAAGUACAUCAAUGUCAACGAUACAUAGAUGAUCUGGAAAAUGACGAAAGGGCAACAGAAUUUACCAUCAAAAUGGAGAAAAACAAUGACGUAGAAAAGAUAAUAAAAAAGUUAGGAUCCUUAGGAGAAUUAACUGUUGUUAAAACAGAUAUGGAUUUGAUGAGAGAGACAGGUGUGAGAAGGGAAGCACAAGUAGAAUUACUAGAACAAUCAAGCAUAAACAACAUGACCAUGAACAUUGAGAAAAAGACAAAGAUUAACACGCAGCAGAACAUUGUUUACUGUAAUGAAAGAGUAAUUUAUAGUGACUAUCAUGGUAAUGCAGUAUACUGUGUUGAUCAAUCAGGUAAACAGAUCUGGCAAUACACACAGGAUUUAUCAGAUCCAAGAGGACUUUGUGCAGAUACUUAUGGUAAUAUUUUUGUAGCAGAUGUGGGCUCUAAUGGAAUAAUAGUUAUAUCAAAAGAUGGAAAGAAGAGUAUAGUACUGUGUAGCGAUGGACUGGACAAUCCUAAAUGUAUUUGUUUGAAACAAAAUGAGUCUUCAGGUUUUAUUUGUGACAAAGCUGGCAAAAACUUGACAAAAUUCAAUCUAUCUUCUAGAUAA